AUGUAUAAAGUUGCAAGUGCAUCAGAAUACCUGGUGAUCACCGGUGUUGGCAUCGGUGACAUAAAAAUAGCUAAGAAAGCAUGGAUCCUUCCGGGUCAAUAUUGCACCGUCUUCGACAUCUCACCUGUAAAUUACACCUUCGAAGUCCAAGCUAUGAGCGCCGAAAAGCUCCCUUUUGUCCUCCCGGCGGUCUUCACCAUCGGCCCACGGAUCGACGACGACGAUAGCCUCCUCAAAUAUGCUAAGCUCAUCUCUCCCCAUGACAAACUCUCUCACCAUGUCAAAGAGCUCGUCCAAGGCAUCAUCGAAGGCGAAACUCGUGUCCUAGCAGCCUCAAUGACCAUGGAAGAAGUUUUCAGAGGAACCAAAGAGUUCAAGCAAGAAGUGUUUGCGAAAGUUCAACUUGAACUUAACCAGUUUGGACUUUUGAUCUAUAAUGCAAAUGUCAAACAGUUGGUGGACGUGCCAGGGCACGAGUAUUUCUCUUACUUGGGCCAAAAAACCCAGAUGGAAGCUGCUAAUCAAGCGAAAGUCGAUGUUGUGGAGGCGAGGAUGAAGGGAGAGAUUGGUUCAAAGCUUCGAGAUGGACAAACGCUUCAAAACGCCUCGAAGAUUGAUGCAGAGACGAAGAUUGUAUCGACGCAAAGGCAAGGGGAGGGGAAGAAAGAGGAGAUAAAGGUGAAGACGGAGGUGAAGGUUUUCGAGAACCAAAGAGAGGCAGAAGUGGCGGAGACGAACGCAGAAUUGGCGAAAAAGAAGGCUGGAUGGGCUAAGGGGGCGCAGGUGGCGGAGGUGGAGGCGACAAAGGCAGUGGCUCUUCGAGAGGCUGAGUUGCAGAGGCAAGUUGAGGUUAUGAACGCCUUGACCCAUACGGAGAAGCUUAAGGCUGAGUUUUUGAGCAAGGCUAAUGUUGAGUAUGAAACCAAGUCAUUGCUUCCACGAAUGCGCUAA